UCUUACAGUAAUCACAGACACCCAAGAACCAAAACAAACCCGUGGAGUGUGCAUCUGUAGGAGACGCUUUGACAAAAUGGCUGGAACAAUAUUCAUCAGAUCAUUCAUUGUUCUCUGCAUGCUUAUUCAUGAGGCAAUAUGUCAAGAUUGCUCUCAGCCCUGUAACUGCCCAGCUGAGACCCCUUUAUGCACUGUAGGCACCAGUCUGGUGCUGGACGGCUGCAGCUGCUGUAAAGUGUGUGCCCGACAGGCAGGGGAGCCAUGUUCUCUCCUGGAGCCAUGCGACCACCAUAAGGACCUGUAUUGUGAUUACAGCGUGCUCAGUGAUACUGAAACAGGCAUCUGCAUGGCUCAAGAAGGUCAGACGUGCGACCUGGGUGGUGUAAUCUACCGCAGCGGUGAGACGUUCCAGCCCAACUGCAAGCAUCAAUGUGUGUGCAUAAAUGGAGAGAUUGGCUGCGUACCAACCUGUGCAAACAACAUACAGCUGCCCUCUCCUGACUGCCCCUACCUGCGACGUAUCCAGAUCCCUGGCAAGUGCUGCGAGGAAUGGGUGUGUGACCAGAUCCCACAAGAAGACUCCUUCCAGUCAGCAAUGGCUGGUAGGUCAAUUGCAUAUAGAGAACUGUCGACUCAAGGAGUCCAGCCUGAGAGCGCAAGGGACAACUGCAUUGUUCAGACCACUGAAUGGAGUGAAUGCUCCGCUACAUGUGGAAUGGGCAUGUCCUCUCGCGUGACCAAUGACAACGAGCGGUGCCAGAUGGAACGGCAGAGCCGCAUCUGUAUGAUUCGCCCCUGCCAAGCAGAACUUGAGAAGGACAUCAAGAGAGGCAAGAAGUGUGUUCGGACCCCAAAGAGCCAGCGAGGGAUGCGUUUCGAGCUGUCUGGGUGCCAGAGUGUACGGGUGUACAAGCCGAAGUUCUGCGGGGUGUGUACAGAUGGCCGCUGCUGCACGCCUCACACCACCAUCACAAGCGAUGUGGAGUUCCGCUGUCCUGAGGGAGACACCUUUAGAAGGAAGAUGAUGUUCAUUAAGACCUGCACCUGUCAUCAUGACUGCCCCCGUGAGAACGAUAUCUUCCUCGCCUCAAGCUCUCGGAGAAUGAUUGGGGACUAUGAUAAUGACAUGUGAGGCUUUCAGUGUAACACACCCUAUUUAGUAGAUGCUCACAAACACACAUAGGCCUACUGGCUAUGUUCGGAAUAGCAUACUGCCAUACUAUUACUUUUUUUGCAGUACAUAGUAGGUAUUCUGUCGACAGCAUGCACGUGUGGAAUUCCUAGAUGAGUUGCCAUAAUGCCCAGUAUACAAUACAUAUUUAACCGUUUAGAUUUUCAAGACUCGCUGAAUUAAACAUGCAACGUGAUGAGGUCAUGUGACAACAAUGUACUACUGUUUGAAAUGUUUCUUGUCGCAUAAAAUGUGCCGUUUCGUUUUUUAAAAAUAGUAGACAGCAUACGAUAUUUACCGCACUGCAUUCAGUAGUAAUAUGGUAGUUUUCCAUUCCAAACGUAGCGACUGACAAUCUACCACAUGAGGCAGCUCCCUGUUCCUCCUGGACCCUGAAAUUCUCACUACCUGUUAGCAUGACAAACUAGAAUGUUUGAUAUGAAGAGGGCCUUUACUAUGGCCCCACAAUCCUUUUCUUCUCUUCCUUGUGAUGCUCUGAAGUCAUUUGGCUGUUUGACUGGUCAUGCACAGACUAUGGCAGACCUAAAGCACUGAAAACAUUUGAGACGUUUUGGACAUAAAGUUCAUGUAUAUGAGGUCACUUCAAAAACUACGCGAACAGAUUGAAAUAACAGUAAUGUAAUCAUACAAUUUAUAUGUAUUUUUCUGUAUGCUUAAUUUGUAAAUUGUCAUAGGGUCAUCUUUAUUUAGGAUUUUUAUUUGAUUUUAUAAUGAGGAAUCAUGUUUUAUAAUUGCCCUUAAUAACUCACUCUGAUUUCAGAGGUCACUUUUAAUGUCAAUGUUUAUCUAAUUGAACUCAAUCUUUCAAGUAUAAAAUGAGUCCCGAAGUUUUUUGGGAAGAAAAUAAUUCACUACAAAUGAGGCUCAGAUAAUAAGAUACUGUCAAUUAUAUUGUUUACUGUUUAUUUAAUAAAAAAACGAGUGGAAAGGAAUUCCACAAAGACAAAUACACCUUGUGUAAAUACUGUAAGACCGUGUACAGUUUGUACUAAUUUAUGUAACUGUUGUUUAACUCUUAAAUGUAGUUUUGUAUUUGUACUGUACUACACUGUAUUAUCAUUGUAACGCCCUGGCAAUAAUACCAGUGAGUUGUUUUCUGAUGCACUUUUUUUGUUUUUC